AUGCUGUUGUAGCUGUGAUUGACAAAUAGAGUUUCAGAGGAAAAACUCAUAACAACAAUGAAUUCCGCAUCAAUUUCCAGCACAGAUUUCAGAACUUUCUCGAAUCUUCCGUCACGCCGAACUGCAUACUUAGCUCACCGGCGCGUAGCCGAGACGCUCCCUCAAAGUGCUUUUUCAUUGCCGGAAAGAGUAGUUAGCAGCAGUAGCAAAGCUGGAAGGAAAACCUCUAUUCGCUACACUGUCUCUGCUAGCUAUGGUGGUAAGGAAUCGGGUUCAGUUAACUCUAAUGAGUAUACUUCUCCAGCGAAGGCACUCCGGAAACUAUUAGAAUCGCCGGGAGUUCAUCAAGGACCAGCUUGUUUCGAUGCUCUCAGUGCUAAGCUUGUUGAGCGAGCUGGGUUCGAUUUCUGCUUUACAACUGGUUUUGGAAUAUCUGCUGCACGGUUAGGACUGCCAGAUGCAGGACUAAUUUCCUAUGGAGAGAUGGUGGCUCAAGGUCGAGAGAUCACACAAGCAGUGUCCAUACCAGUAAUUGGGGAUGGAGAUAAUGGAUAUGGUAAUGCCAUGAAUGUCAAGAGAACUGUGAAAGGAUAUAUUAGAGCAGAUUUUGGGGGAAUAAUCCUUGAAGAUCAGGUUUCUCCCAAAGCAUGUGGGCACACACGUGGCAGGAAAGUUGUUUCUCGGGAGGAAGCAAUCAUGAGAAUAAAAGCGGCUGUUGAUGCUCGAAAAGAAAGUGGAUCUGACAUUGUGAUUGUGGCACGUACUGAUGCACGCCAAGCAGUCUCCUUUGAAGAAGCCCUUUGGCGGGCACGUGCUCUUGCUGAUGCUGGAGCUGAUGUUCUGUUCAUAGAUGCUCUUGCUUCCAAAGAAGAGAUGAAAGCUUUCUGUGAUGUCUAUCCACUGGUUCCGAAGCUUGCAAAUAUGCUUGAAGGUGGUGGUAAAACACCAAUAUUCACUCCUAUUGAACUUGAGGAACUUGGAUACAAACUUGUGGCAUAUCCACUUUCCUUGAUUGGGGUAUCAAUCGGUGCAAUGCAGGAUGCAUUGUCUGCCAUUAAAGGAGGUCGGAUACCAUCGCCGGGUAGCAUGCCUUCAUUUGAAGAGCUAAAAGAAAUCCUAGGUUUCAGUACCUACUAUGAAGAAGAGAAGCGUUAUGCAACAACAAGCAGUCAACUUCCUUCUCGUAAAGGUGAUUUCUCAUCAAACAGCAAUGAGUACGGUGUUCAACCCGGCAUCCAAGCUGAUAGAGAGCAGAGGAGUCAAAUACCAGAGAAUCCUGUUGAGGUAUUGAUACCUGAGGUGUAUGACAAAUUUUCUGGUGAGGGUAAGAAAGGAAAUUUCUCAAUGGCCUGGUCUCGGAAAUUGAGAGUAAAGAUUACUGGAAAAGAUGGAUUUGAAAAGCUAGAUAUCAGAAUUCCUGCUGGGUUUUUGGAAGGAAUCACAAACAUAGUUCCAGCUUUGGUAGGUGUAAACAUCAAGUCUCUGUUGGAUGAGGCAACUUUAGAAGAGGGUGGGAAACAAUUGUUGGAUUUUCAGGAUACAAUGGGUGACAGGAUACAAGUUAUUUUGGAGUAAAGGAGCUCUUGCUUCUUAUUCCUGUAUUUUGAUGAAUAAAUCUUGGGCAAUCUAAAAUAAUUUGGUCAUUAUAUGGCAACUGAUGUAUAAUCCCUAGUUCACCUUGGCCCCUGAGAUCUGGUCUAAUUGGAAGAGCAUAAUGUGUGGGUUAAGCGCAUGUCUCCUAUUGUUUUCGGCAUGUAUGGAUUUUAACUUAAACUAUUGAUCAAUAAUAUUAUUUAAUUAAAAUAU